AUGAAUUCACAAGAUCCAGAAAUCAAUACAAGCAAUACGAGUCUUAAUAAUGUGUUAUUUUUUGACAAUUUUGAUUAUGUUCCAAAUGAUUAUGAUGUGAAAGAUAUUAAAAGUAUGAACAUGACUACUGAAAGUCUUGUAUCUGAAAGUGUUAUAACAGAAACACAUGCUUUGACAAAAGUAGAUAAAAAUGAGAAUAUAAUUCUUUUAAAGAAUAUUGAUAUUGAUACUAAAACAGAUAGUAAUGAGACACUA